AGAUGUUUGAUACUGUCGCGCCAUGAAGUUUCGUUUUCAUUAGUUUCGUUUUCCACAGGCCACACCCUCCAGCGACUCGAAACAUGCUAAACAACAGUUUCGCAAGAUCUCUGAUACUUGACGAGAUGGGUGCAAUAUUCAACAUACUCGAGCAGUUCAGACUGGAAUCUUACUACAACCAGUUUUUCCAGUUGGGUGUAAAGGAUGAAAGAGAUUUCAUGGAUGGCAUAACCGAUGAAGAUCUAAACGCCAUUGGUUUAAGUCAUGUGGAGAAGAAUCGUUUUGCAGCUAUGAAAAACUUCAUUCUGAGACUCAGAGCUCCAGAGCGCCAAGUUCAAACUGUGACGCCUGUUCAGAAAUCACUGGAGCCGUUCUGUCUGCAGUACACAUACCCUAAAUGUCCUCAACCGAAACUCAUUAAAGAUAUAGAUCCAGCGCAGAACACAGUCGAGGACCUGAUGUUAAGGAUCGGACAUCUUGAAAGUGUUGGCAAUUCCAAAGGAGUCUGUCUCUACACAAUCGAUGGGAUGCCCCUGACAGAUGAUCCCUUCUUCAACACAUGGUCUUUGAAAGACAGACAUAUUCAGAGUGGAGAUGUGAUUUAUGCCAUCUUCACACCGAAGGAAAACCUGAAACAGGCUCCUCAGGGACCAAAGCGAGAGGUUGGUGAAACCUGCGGAGACAACAUGGUUCGAUGCCACAUCAUGCUCAAGGGAGACUUUGAGGUGAUGGUGAAUUUGGCAAGUGACACCAUAACCAGUCUGAGACUGAAGCUGGCAAACGAAAGUGGGAUCCCAGCACACGUCCUUUAUUACAAAGAUCAACACUGUGGUGGUGACAACCUGCAAAGCUGUGGAAUCUCUGAAGGGUCAACAGUUUCCUUCUCUCUGUCCACGUUUUCUGAUGAGACUCCGCACAAUGACACGUUCUUCAUUAAUGAUGUUGCACCUUCAGUCCAGCAAACCCAGAAAGGAAUCAGUGUGUUCUUGUCUUCACUUUAUGUUCUUGAACAUCUUUACACAACAGAGCAGCUGAAGAAAUUGAUUUCCUACAUACGAAAACUGACUGGAUGUCACCCUCUCGCUCAAAGUUUGCAUCAGUUACUCUGCAGGAAUGAAAUAUUAACCAGGAAUCAGAAGAUUGCAGUUGUUGAAGGCUUGUACAUACUCUUCAGAGAGCUUUUGCCUCAACGUGGAACACAGCGCGGGGAGAAGCUCAUUGAGGACCUGGACGUCUUUGAGAAUUCACUGUCCUGCUGGGCCCACCUAGCAUCAGAGGCAAAGAAACAGACAUCAGACCAUGAGAGCUAUGCACCCAUUACUCUCACGUCUGAAGAUGGCGGCCGUUUCUGUGAACCGGUCCGAGUACCUGGAGUACCUGGUGCCUUUGAACGAGCAUACGUUCUCCAGAAAAUCAAAGAUGGAGAGAAAAUUCCAAAUUGCACCGAGGAGGUUUUGCGACAGACAUCAUUAAAGCGAGCCGACGACAUUGAGAAAAUCCUGCUGAGUCUGCCUCCAUCCAUCCGAACGUAUCCUCUGUGGAUUCAUCAUGACAAGACGACUGGUCAGAACUUUCAGAUAAACCUGGAGAAGACCUUUGGAAGUAUGGUGGAAGAAUUAAAAUCUCCCUCCAAUCAAUACCUCAACGUGACCCCACCUCUACAUUUGAAGGAGCUCGGACAGUGCGAGUCACGCCUUGUCCUGCUCAGUGAAGAUAACCUUGGCGUGUGUUUGCACAAAGAAAAAGGAUCUCCUGAUAUGAUCAAAGUACAUGAUUGUUUGGAUGGCAAAGAAAAAUCUGUGGAUGUGAAUCUGCUGGCAGCCAGGACUGGAGACCAUAGAGAUGACCGAACACUUGUCACAACCAGGAGUCCAAAAGAAGCAAUACUGGUGCUCAUAGAUACGAGCUCCUCCAUGGAAGAGGAGUGCUAUGGGAGCGCGGACAUAAAGAAAAUUAAUGUGGUGAAAGAGCUCUUCGACAACUUUGCAACAAGGAGCAUGGCUUACGAUUUCCACCAUGUCAUUGGCCUCGUGAAGUUCGACUCCAUGGUGAAAACCCUCCACACGUUUACUGAAAAUCUGGAAAAGUUCAAGGAACACAUUCGUAACCUGGAGGCGAGUGGAUGCACUCUGUUGUACGACGCCCUGCGACGUGGAGCGUCCGAGCUUGAAAAGGUGAAGACGAGGUUUCCAGACUGUCGACUUCGCAUCAUGUGUCUCACCGAUGGAGAUGAUUCUGGAUCUUCCAUAGAGCCAGUUGCUGUAACAGCCAGACUGCUAAAAGCUGACAUCAUCGUGGACUCAAUCCUUCUUGGAAAUGUGGAGAACAGCAUGCUGCAUGGAAUCAGCAAUGCAACAGGUGGUUGCUGUUUCAAACCGCAGACACCUAAAGAGGGUCUGAAGCUCUUUGAGAUUGAGACCGUUCUGUCUUUGGAGGAGAGGACACUCAAGGAAAAACUUGACCCGUCGUCCAUCACUGAGCAUAUUUUGUCCAGCAUCUUCGCUACUCACGGGUACGACGAAUUUCCAGAGACGUCCCUGCCAAGCCAGAUAAACAGCAAAGUGACCGUGACAGAAAGUACUCUGAAGAAGAAGAUGCCGAGGUUAAGACAGGGGGCGUUUCUGGAGAAGGACAAACGUAUCCUGGAGGAGCUGAGGAGCCUGCAUUGUGACCCUCAUCCCUUCAUCAGAGUCUUCCCAUCAGAGCCAGACUUCACGUUCUGGAGGAUUCUCAUGGAAGGUCCUCCCAACACACCAUAUGAGAAAGGAGUGUUUGAGCUGUACUGCCAGUUUGGGCCCGACUACCCAGUGAAGCCUCCACUCGUCCGCUUUGUCACACGAGUGUACCACUGCAACGUGAACAGUGUGGGACGCAUCUGCCACAACAUAUUUGACCGCAACUACAACGCCCACAUCACCAUGAGGGAGAUCUUAGAGGCUGUGUAUGGACUGCUUAUCAUCCCUGAGCCUGAUGAUCCGCUGGACAGCAUUUUGGCAGAGGAAUUCCUGACGAGCCGUGAGACGUAUGAACGAGAAGCCGAGAGACAGACGGAGGAAACAGCAGGAAGCUCACUGGAUGACAUGGAGAAAAAAUUGGUGGACCCUGUGCCACAGUUUACACCCCAACACCUGAUCUGUCCACUCACCAAGAAGAUGUUUAUUGAUCCUGUGAAAACAGUAUACGGCACCGUGUAUGAGCGCAAGGCCAUUGAAGAACACCUGAAGCUGCACCAGUAUGAGCCGCUGGCCGGCCCGGGACACGAGCUAGACAUGACCGACAUCACAGCAGACCAUGACAUGAAGAGAAUGGUGAUGGAUCAGCGUUCUCGUCAAAUUAAAUCAAGUGAAUUCGAGCAACUUUAGAGUUAAAGCAAGUUAAAUACACCACAUUCAUUGUUGGGUAAAUGCUGUUCAUACUGGGAACAAAACUUUCCUUUCAGUCUGUCAUAACAUGCCUUUCAAAGUCUGCGUUUGUUGUUCUUCUUCGAGUUUCUGAAGGUAUUAUAUAUGUUCGACCUGCGUGAUGAUCAUAAUGAAGUCUAUGUUUUUAUUUACUGAAUGAACAAGUGAAGUUUGCUCUUCGCUCUUUUCUCCUUGACAUCACCUCUGCUUUAAAAGAACAGUGAUGGUCUUCUUUGUUUGACGUCUUUAAGUCAUCCGUGUUAAAGAUGAUGUAUAUUCAUACAAUCAGUGGGAUUUUUAUGCAGGCGUCCUUCAGCCUGAUCUUUCUAAGUGAAGGGAGCAACUCAAAUCUGUGAAGACUUUUAAAGACAAAUAUUUUCUCAAUAACAUGAUUCACAGCAGAUUUGUUGUCAAAUUUCAUUUUUUUUAAUCUUCUAAUGCUGCAAAGUAAUUAAAAUUGCACGUACAAUAUACAACUUUAAUUUGCAUGAUGCAUUUUGUAAGGUUUGCAAAUGGAAAUCGUCUGGAUGGAUAGAUUUAUGUAAUGCUAAUAAAGGUUAUUACAAAUCGGG